UUGUUGCUGUUGAGUUGUACUGCGGUUGCGCGCGGCAGAAUGUUAUUACCGUUGGUGACGCGAUUUGUAAAGAAAGAAAGAAAGCAGGAUGGAGAAAAUAUAGAAAGAGAGAUGGAGGAGAGCUUUACAUUUAGCCUCCACUUAAGCAAAUUGUAUUAGGUUAAAAGCUAACCUACGUUCGUAGCUAUAGUUUUAGUUUUGGAAGCCGGAGGGGAAACUAACGUUAGCAAGUCAACAUCACCCUAUGUGAUCUUCCUUCCCCGCCGCAUGCUACUACAGUCAGAGCCAGACAACAAAAUAGCUAAUCGCCAUUAUAUGACCCAGUACCUAGCGUCAUUAUUGCCCUCCAUGUGGGUGAGGGAUUUGUGUGUGUCAGAUUAUGGCGAGAAAAACAGUUAACAGGAAAAGGAAGGCAGGGGAGUCCAAGGACCAACAACAGGUGGGCUGGUGCCAGUCUGCGUACAAGCGGACACGCGUGUCUUCCUCGUCCCGGCACGCCCAGCAGUGGUGGCGUAGUCUGCGCUCGGUGGUAUACGCACUCCAGGGCCGCGAGAUCCGGCCUCAGCAGCAGCAUGAGUGGCGUCUCCAGCGUAGCUUGCGGGGCUUUGCUGCCGGCCGCCUCCCGGGCAUCCUGAAGGAGCGGGAGUUCUCCCUGGGCCGGCUCAACAAGGUGUUCGCCUCGCAGUGGCUCAACCACCGCCAGGUGGUGUGUGGAACCAAGUGCAAUACGCUAUUUGUGGCAGAUGUUCUGACAGGGCAGAUUACACGCAUCCCCAUGCUGAAGGACCGGCAGGGCCGAGGAGGUGGCUCCGGGGGUGUUGGUGGGACAAUAGGGGCCCCCUUCCUCGGAAGUGGCUCAGUGUCCGGGCUGGACCAGCAAGGCUGUGGGAUCCACGCCAUAGAGCUUAACCCCUCAGGCACUCUGCUGGCCACGGGCGGAGACAACCCCAACAGCCUGGCUGUCUACCGGCUGCCCACCCUGGACCCCGUCUGCGUGGGAGAUGAUGGCCAUAAUGACUGGAUCUUCUCCAUUGCAUGGAUCAGCGACAGCAUGGCGGUGUCUGGGUCUCGGGAUGGUUCCAUGGGGCUGUGGGAGGUGUCCGAAGAGGUGCUGAGCCAGGCUAUGAGACAGCAGGACGAGGGGGUCCCCUGCUACUCUCAUAUCUCCCACUGUGCCCUGGAGGACAUCCCCAAGGAAUACACUAACCCAUACAACUGCAAAGUGAGGGCCCUGGCCUUCAAUAACAACCACAAGGAGCUUGGUGCAGUGUCCCUGGAUGGCUAUUUUCACCUUUGGAAGGCAGAGCAAAACUUGAGCAAGCUGCUGUCAACGAAGCUGCCUCACUGCAAGGAGAAUGUGUGUCUGGCGUAUGGUCAGGACUGGUCGGUGUACGCAGUGGGCUCUCAGGCCCAUGUGUCCUUCCUGGACCCCCGCCAGCCCACUCACAACAUCAAAUCAGUCAGUUCCCGGGAGAGAGGAAGCGAGGCAACACGAGGCAUCCGCUCUGUGAGUUUCUAUGAGCACAUAGUGACAGUGGGCACGGGACAGGGCUCCCUGCUGUUCUAUGAUAUCAGAGCCCAGAGGUUCUUGGAGGACCCUUCCAGCCCGGCCGGCGGGUUCCGGCAGCGCCCAGGAGAGGGCAUUCUUAAACUCACCACAGGGAAGGGCUGGCUGAAUCACGACGAGACGUGGAGGAGCUACUUCUCGGACAUUAACUCGUUCCCCAACGCUGUGUACACACACUGCUACGACGACUCUGGCACCAAGCUGUUUGUGGCCGGCGGACCGCUGUGCUCGGGCCUUCACGGCAACUACGCAGGACUCUGGAGCUAGCCUUCUCUCGUGUCUCGCCAUCUCUCCUUACCCCACCCCAGUCCACCUCUCUGCUCCUCCUUUUGGUGUUACACUCGCUCAGUCAUCCCUUCAGUGUUGUCCCUCCCUCCCUCCCUCACCAACAUGUAUCUCGUCACCAUCUCUUUGUUGCAUCCCUCCAUCCUCCCUUGCACUUUGUCCUGUCUUCUUUCAGUUCCCUAGUCUCUGCUGCCCCUUUGUUUUAUUUAUUUAUAUUUAUAUAUA